GUGCAUGCGUGCAUGGCACCGAAGAAAAAGAAAAAUAAUUCCUGAGUGUCUAUCUAUAAAUAGAGGCCAAAGGGCAAAGGCAACUUAGGCAAGUGUACUCAAGAAGAAAAACUAUACUAUGGCUAUUGCAAGAGCAUUUGCUUCCCAUUCCCUUGCCCUGGCCCUGCUCCUUGUUGUGACUCCUCUUUGCACAGCUAAAAUCAUACUUUACUCUAGUGAAACCUUGAAGACCGGUAAAUCUCUCAUCUGGGGAAAGUACGAGUUCAAAAUGCAGGAAGACUGCAACGCGGUCCUGUAUGACAGUAACGAACCAAUAUGGGCAUCCCAAACUUGGGGUAGGGGUUGCAGCUGCUACAUCACACUCCAGCCUGAUGGGAACCUGGUCAUUUAUGACGACGGCAACGCCCCUGUGUGGGCGAGCAACACCAACUUUGGAGGAAAAGAGCACUACGUACUCAUCUUGCAAAAAGAUCGCAAUCUUGUGAUCUAUGGCCCCGCACGCUGGGCAACCAACACCAACAUCGGCGUUUCAGGUGGCAUGUUCAUCGAAAGUAAGGCCACCAUUUUUGGUACUUUGCCUGCCAAUAAAACUACUGAAGAGGCUAAGACAUCUGGUACUAUAGCCAUGGUUGUCGACAAUAUUUAAGUCAUGUGAUGGUGUGUGUGAUCAAAUAAGUGCACAUGUGAGGCGCUUUUAAUAUGUAAUGCAUGUUUAAUUAUGUAUCCGGUGUACGUGUUUAAUUUCUAGUGUUGCUGCAGGUGAUCAUAUGUAUUAUGGUCCUGAUGCCGAACUCUAUAUAUGCAGUCGAUCGCAAUGUUAUGCAUAUCAUGCCAGUAACAAACUUACAACUUCUCGACUUACUACA